UUCGUCGCUUUGUUUGAGCUUUAGUCGCUAGUGUAUAAUAAAAUCACGUUAGUAACCAAUUGCAAGCCCACCAGCCAAGACCGAAAAACCAGCGCCAGUCGCAUAAAGAUCCACACAAUCACAAAAAAUUAUAAAAACUAAAACCAAAUUAUCAAUAUACAAAACAAAAGCAAAACAAUCACAAAAUAUACAAAGCGUGUUCGUAAUCGUCGCCGAAGCUACCCGUCUUCAUCGCCAUAAACAUACUCUCCUACCCAGUGGCUACCCAGUGACUACUACAACAAAAGAUGAGGCAGCUAAGCACACACCAAAUCGUAGCGUUGAUUGUCUGCAUAACUGUUUCCCUUAUAAGCGCGUCUCCACUACCACAGCCAGCUAGUAAUCAGGAAUUAGAUGUGCUACAAAUACCACUGCCCAAUGGGAAGGAAAUCGAUGUCUUGACACUUGGGUCACAGGAUCAAGAACAACUGAUAGCCGAUCGCAACAAAAGAACGAUUGGGCUACUGCGUGAACUCUUUCCAGAUAUAACAAAGAACGGCGCAACUAAUACUAAAAUCGAUCUUUCGGCUAUUAACAAACAACUCGAGGAAACCAUAAGAGUAGCACGUCAGGUGAAAGAGGCAGAAGCCGCUGCAGCUGCAGUUGACCAAUCGCCCGUUGCCCAGGCGCCAAUUCCUCUCAAGACCAAUGAGCCCAUACAGCUAAGUUUUAAAAAUGAGCUACACACGGUUAAUUCUGACACCGAAUCUACUAAUGUGAAAACAUUAGUCACGAACGACUUGCAAUUAUCGGAAUCGAAGUCGCCAGCAAUUGAUGAGUUGACACUUGACUCUACCGAGGAUACUGCUGAUCUGGAUGAUCGCAAUAAAAGCAAUCUAUUCAAAAGGUUCCUGAGCUUCGGAGGUGCUGGUCUGGCUGGCGGUUCAAGCGGUGGAGGUGCCGGUGCCUCGCCAAGUGGCAAUAGUUUGGGCGGCGGAUCUGGUAACUUUUUGCUGGAUGUGGUGCGCCUUUUUUCUGGCAGUGUUCAGACACAGCAAGGUGAUGAAGCAGCCAAUAGCUUAGGCGGCGGCUCUAGCAGCAGCACAGAUGAUACGGAUGGAGGUAGCGAUAGCACACGCACAGUUGACGGUUACACCGAAGGUAUUCCCGGCCCCGUGACACGUCUCGUAGUCUUGGCCAAUCGUGGACUUGCCAAUCUUGUACAAGACUUAAUAUUGCGCGUUGCAGCCACCAGUGAAAAGUUUGUGAACUUCAAGGCCAAAUUGAUAACAGCGCUGAUCUAACUGCUUUUAUAUCCACGUCCUUACCGCCCGGUUUAGUCAAGUCAACCCAACUGUACAGAAUCACGCACCUUCAACUACUUCCACACACACAUAAAAACAUUAUAUACAUUGAACGAUUUUAUUUGGCAAUGAAGAAAAGUGUACAUUUUUAGCAAAUUUAAUAUUGUUUAUAAAUUAAUCAAAUUUAAAUAAGUAACACAAGCAAUCACAUUGUAAUCAAGAAUUACAAUACAAAAGAUAACGAAAAAAAUCAAA